UUUCCCUUCCCUCCCUCUUCUCUCGUACGCCACCCACUGAUUGCGCCACGUCAUCUAUAUUACUACACCUCUCACUCUCACUCUCAGUCCAUAACUGACCAAGAAUCUAUCGCUACCCAUCGAUCCAGGAGGAAGGAGGCCAGUGAGAAGCUUCCAGAAGGUUCGAUCGGGAGCGCGGAGUGGUGAUGGCGGCGGCGGCGGAGCUGUCUCGCGGGGCGGUGGCGGCGAUGUCGCGGAUGGAGCAGGGGCUGCGGCCGGUGCUGCAGGUCACCGACGUGCGGCCUGCCGCCGGUCGAUACCUCGUGGCGCUCUUCGACGGAACCAAGUCGGGGCAGGGGGUGCUCGUGGCGUCCAUGGCGCACCUCGUCAGGGCAUGCGCCAUCCGCGCCGGCACCAUCAUCCGCGUCCUCGACUAUCUCUGCAUCGACACAAGGGUUAUUAUCGUUGAGCAACUUGAAAUACUGCAAAUUAACUGCGCACUGAUCGGAACUAGCAAUACUCAUGGGCGCCUUACUUAGCCUAACACCCAUUGCUGCACUGAGCCCAUACAAGUGUAAAUGGACAAUCAAGGCCAGGGUGACUGCAAAAUCUGGUCUCCAGCACUUGAGCAAUGACAGAGGUGAAGCAAAGUUCUUCGACUUUGAUCUGCUUGAUGAGCAGGGCGGUGAAAUGCUCGCAAAAUGCUUCAGUUCGGCUGCUGAAAAGUUCUAUGGCCUAAUUGAAGUUGAUAAGGUCUACUUGAUAUCCAGAGGAUUAGUGAAACCUGCACAGGAGCCUUUCAACAGUGAUUAUGAAUUAGCUCUGGAUGCCUCAGCAUCAGUAGAGGUCUGUUCCAGUGAUGUUAUAUAAUGGAUCAUCUCGUUCAGUUGGCAAUAAUGCAGGGCUCGUCUCCAGUCCAUGCUGCUUCAGGUGCAAAUCAAAGGUUGUCCAGGGCUAUGUCUGCUCACUAAUAAUAAUGCUCUUAGUGAUACAGUAGGCAGGGUACUGCUAAUUAAAGGGCACUUAGCGAGAUGCAUCCAGCUACUUUGUUAAAUGUUGAAUGCUAGUUAUGUAAGAACUCUGUCAUUACCAUUAUAUUUCUGUUGAUGUGUUGAAUAUCCCAUCGUUCGAGUUAUGUCUGAUAAGUCAUGGAAAAAUGAACGAAGCAACGAAAGAUAAUGUGUGCAAAAUUUUGUAUCUAUGUUA